AUGGCGUACCGUGGCCGCGAAGGAGGCGACUACGAGGGUAACGAGGGCCAUCAUCUGCAGGAGCUGCCUGCAGCCGGCCAGUACCACAUCCCUCCCGCCGACGACAAUGAAGAGCUUCAGCACUCUCUUCUGAACCAGGGCUCCUCGCACUACGACCAUGACCGCUUGGGUACCGGCGUGUCCAACGUCCGCCCCGAAUCCACAUACAGCCUGUCAGAGUCCUAUGCCCCAGGCGCAGCUACAAAUGUCCGUACCGGGCCUGGAUUCCCGGCCGCCCCGUCACCUUUUCAGAAUGACACCGGCAUGUCCACCGGAGGUGCCUACCUUGGUGACCCGUAUGGUGGCUUUGGCGGUGCGGGCCCCGGUCGGCCGCAGUCAACCGUCUCGAUGGGCGGGGACAUGGACGAGAGCUUCUACCGCCGCCAGCAGCAGGCAUCAGGUGGUGGCCUGAAGCGCUACCCGACACGCAAGGUCAAGCUGGUGCAGGGCUCCGUUCUGAGCACCGAGUACCCCGUCCCCAGUGCUAUUCGCAACUCGGUGCAGCAGCGCUACCUCGAGACGGAGGCCAACCACAACGAGUUUGUCAACAUGCGUUACACGGCUGCCACCUGCGACCCGAACGACUUCACCCUGAAGAAUGGUUACGAUCUGCGCCCGCGCAUGUACAACCGUCACACCGAGCUGCUCAUCGCCAUCACGUACUACAACGAAGACAAGGUGCUCCUGUCCCGUACCCUGCACGGUGUCAUGCAGAACAUCCGCGACAUUGUGAACCUGAAGAAAUCCACUUUCUGGAACAAGGGCGGGCCUGCUUGGCAGAAGAUUGUCGUCUGUCUCGUUUUUGACGGUCUUGAGAAGGCCGACAAGAACGUGCUGGACGUCCUUGCCACCAUUGGUGUGUACCAGGACGGUGUCAUCAAGAAGGACGUUGACGGCCAGCCCACGGUCGCUCACGUUUUCGAGUAUACGACGCAGCUGUCUGUCACGCCCGGCCAGCAGCUUAUCCGCCCUGUCAAUGACAGCCCGACGACUCUGCCGCCCGUCCAGUUCAUCUUCUGCUUGAAGCAGCAGAACAGCAAGAAGAUCAACUCGCAUCGUUGGCUCUUCAACGCCUUUGGCCGCAUCCUGAACCCCGAGGUCUGCAUUCUGCUCGAUGCCGGUACCAAGCCCAGCCCCAAGUCUCUGCUUGCGCUCUGGGAAGGUUUCUACAACGACAAGGACCUCGGUGGUGCUUGCGGUGAAAUCCACGCCAUGCUGGGCAAGGGCGGCCGCAAGCUGCUCAACCCGCUUGUUGCGGUCCAGAACUUCGAGUACAAGAUCUCCAACAUUCUCGACAAGCCGCUCGAGAGCGCCUUCGGUUACGUUAGUGUGUUGCCUGGUGCUUUCUCGGCCUACCGCUUCCGUGCCAUCAUGGGCCGUCCUCUGGACCAGUACUUCCACGGUGACCACACGCUGUCCGCCAUUCUCGGCAAGAAGGGUAUCGAGGGCAUGAACAUUUUCAAGAAGAACAUGUUCUUGGCCGAGGAUCGUAUUCUCUGUUUCGAGCUGGUCGCCAAGGCAGGCCAGAAGUGGCAUCUCUCCUACAUCAAGGCCGCGAAGGGCGAGACGGAUGUGCCCGAAGGUGCCGCCGAGUUCAUCGGUCAGCGUCGUCGUUGGUUGAACGGUUCGUUUGCCGCCAGUUUGUACUCGCUGAUGCAUUUCGGUCGCAUGUACAAGAGCGGCCACAACAUCAUCCGCAUGAUCUUCCUGCAUCUGCAGCUGCUUUACAAUGUCGCCAACGUCAUAUUUACCUGGUUCUCCCUCGCAUCCUACUGGCUUACGACGUCCGUUAUCAUGGACCUCGUCGGCACGCCUGUCGUCGCUUCGGCCAAGUCAUCUGAGCACCACGGUUGGCCUUUUGGUGACACGGCCACGCCCCUUAUUAACUCGAUCCUCAAGUACAUCUACCUGGCCUUUGUCAUUUUGCAGUUCAUUCUAGCGCUGGGUAACCGGCCAAAGGGCUCCAAGUAUACCUACGUUACGUCGUAUCUUGUCUUCGGCUUUAUCCAAGCCUACGUUCUGGUCCUGUCCGCUUUCCUCGUCGUCGAAGCCUUCAAGACGCCCGUCUCGGAACAGAUCAAGACGGAUAACGUCAACGAUUUCUUGGGCAGUGUCUUUGGUGCCAACGCCGGUGCGGCCGGUGUGAUUAUCCUUUCUCUGUUCGCGAUAUAUGGUCUCUACUUCAUCUCCUCGUUCCUUUACCUCGACCCCUGGCACAUGUUCCACUCGUUCCCUUUCUACCUGAUUCUCAUGUCGACCUACAUCAACAUUCUGAUGGUCUACGCUUUCAACAACUGGCAUGAUGUUUCUUGGGGUACCAAGGGUUCGGACAAGCAGGAGGCUCUGCCUUCGGCGCAAGUCACCAAAGGCGAGAAGGAUGAGGUGGUUGUCGAGGAGAUUGUCAAGCCCCAGGAAGAUAUCGACAAGCAGUUCGAGGCCACAGUCAAGCGUGCUCUGGAGCCGUUCCACGAGGACGAGAAGCCUGAACCCAAGGAUAUCCAAGACUCGUACAAGUCUUUCCGUACGAUGCUGGUCGUCCUGUGGCUGUUCUCCAACUGCCUGCUGGCUGUUAUCAUCACGAGCGACAACUUCAACGGCAUUGGCAUCGGUCAAACGACCACCACCCGUACCGCCUACUUCUUCAAGUUUAUCCUGUUCGCGACCUGUUUCCUUUCCAUCUUCCGUUUCCUUGGGUUCCUUUGGUUCCUCGGCAAGACGGGUCUCAUGUGCUGCAUUUCCCGUCGGUAA